AUGGCUUUGUCUUUGGUGAGAACACUAUCAUCGACUUUAUCGCCUUUCCUGUCUGCGGCGGCAGCAUCAAGAGCAUUACCUGCGAUGGACAUGACUGUCAGAAACGCUUCAAAAAAAUCUGGUGGUUCUACAAGGAACACAGUUGGCAGACCCAGAAGAAAAAAUCGAGGCAUUAAAGUUCAGGACGGAGCUUUUGUCCACAAGGGAGACCUGUUAGUGAAGCAGUAUGGUCUCAAGUUUUACCCUGGAGAGCAUGUUUACAUGGAUGAUCAGUGGUCACUGAGGGCGGCACAUGAUGGCAUUGUUGUCCUGACAACAGAGCAGCUGAAUCCCUACCCAGACAGCCCUCUGUAUCAACACAUUCAAAAUGGAUUUGUUAUGAACAAGCAUUUCUUUAGUGUCAUCCCAACACCUCUGCAUGGCAAAUUUAAACUUGUUUCUGAAACAUAG